CUAAAGCAAAUUGUUUGGCCGGCGUCUCAUAUUUACGAGUUUAUGAUGAGCACCUGAAGGCAGCAUUAUCUGGGGCUCCAGUGUGGGUCAGAACUUCCGCGUCACCGCCUCAGAACUGCGAGUUUAAUCUGCAGAAUUCCCUCUGAGCAUCUGUGACCUCUGACCUCUAUCAUGACAUCCACAUCUGUCACUAAGAUCGGUGGAGUGGUGGUGGUCACCCAGGUGAUCCCUCAGGAUGAGAAGUCCAUUCCUCUCCACUCUGCUGCCACUUCCGCAGAGACCACGCCUACUUCCACACAUGCCCCACCCCCUGUCAGGCAGGCCCCGCCCGCUGCUCCAACCAAGAUGGACGACAUGACCUCCGUCUUCAUGAAGGCGGGGCCACAGUGUCUCGGGGUUGCCCAGAUCUUCAUCGGCAUGCUGUGUGUCCUGUUCAGUGUGACUGCUGCCUACUCGCCGGCUCUGCUGCUCCACGCUCCGUUCUGUCUCGGAGUCACUUUCGUGUUCUCCGGCUCUCUGGCGUUGGCGGCAGUCAGACGGACUUCAGUCGGACUGGUGCGAGCGUCUCUGGUGUGGAACGUGAUUGGUGCUGUGAUGGGCCUGGUGGGCGUGGCCUUCACCUGCUGGCUUCUGGCCGAUCGCCGCCCCGGAGUGCGGUUCUGUAACACAGUACCGUGGGGGGACUACCAGCCCACACAAGAGCAGAUACGGAGAUGCAUCAGUGAUAUGAGGUUGAUGGAUGUGUCGCUGUACGGAUCUCUCGGCCUCCUCCUGGUUCUGCUGGUUCUGCAGUUUUGCGUCGCCAUCACUGUUUGUGUUUUCUCUGCCAGAGCCAUCAGACGCCACAACAACUACGCCCCCCUCAGGGUGGAGGUUGAUGACUGCACCCUUCAGCGGGACGGUGCAUCGUCACCAGCCGACAGCGACGUCGCCUUGUUGGACAGCGAGUGUCCAAACUCACCAUGAGAGCAGAGGACACAACUACUGUAGUAUUACUGUAGUAGUGCUGUAGUAGUGCUGUAGUAUUACUGUAGUAGUGCUGUAGUAGUGCUGUAGUAUUACUGUAGUAGUGCUGUAGUAUUACUG